AUGAUUAUACUCUUUAGCGUCGGAAGGGCAGAGAGUGAAAUCAUCAAGUCUUCCUACAACAUAUCUUCAUGUCCAGGAUAUCGUAUCGCAGGUGAUGUCAAAGAAAGCAAAUCAGGCUUCACAGUACCUCUAUCUUUAGCCGGUCAAGCUUGUAACGCAUACGGAGUUGACGUCAAGAAUUUGACCUUGGCAGUUGUAUAUGAAAAAGUACAUCAACUUCACGUCCAUAUCUACGACACAGCAAAGAAUCAGUACCAAUUACCCGACGAUCUCAUCUUUAACAGAUCAUCUUCUGAUCCUGAAAAAGUUCAAGACGGAGCAACAAAAGAAAGCAGUCAUUUGGAAUUCCAUCAUACAGCCGAAAAUGAUUCAAACUCUCAAGAUCCUUGGGCAUUUUGGAUCACCCGUAAAGGUGCUGCAGCAGAUGCAACACCUUUGUUUGAUACCCGUCCUGCCAAUAUCCCAACAUACGAUCAACCUUUCAACGCAACCUUAAGCACAAACCGUAAUUCAACAGCAAUGCCAAACCAUAACUUAAUCUUUGAAAAUCAAUACCUUCAAUUAAGUUCAGCUUUGCCAAAAGAUGCAAACGUUUAUGGUCUAGGUGAACGUUAUUCAGGUGGUGGUAUUGGUGAUGCAGGAUGGCGUUUGAAUCCUGAUGAAAUGCUCCAACCAUUCUUCACACUUGACGAUGGAGAUCCAUUGGAAUCAAACAUGUACGGUUAUCAGCCAAUCUACUUGGAAGUAAGAAACGGUACGGAUGAUAAGUUGGAAUCACACGUUGUUCAUUAUCAAAAUACGGCAGGUUUGGAUAUCAUUAUGCGUCCAGGCGUGAUUCAAUAUCGCGCAAUCGGUGGAACAUUGGACUUCCGAUUCUUCUCUGGAGAAACUGGAAAUUCAACAUCUUCCUCCGAACAAGAUGAACCUUCCUACGAAAAAGCCAUCGAAAAUACUCCACAACUUGCAAUGGAACAAUAUGUUCAGUUUAUUAACCUUCCACUCAUGAUUCCUAGCUGGGCAUUCGGUUUCCAUCUUUUACGUUGGGGUUAUCACACCACACAAGAUCUUCGUGAUAUUCAUCAAUCCAUGAAAGAUGCAGAUAUUCCACUCGAAGUUAUGUGGAGUGAUAUCGAUUACUUGCAAGCUUUCCGUGAUUUCACAGUGUCUCCUGAACGAUACCCCGACUUGGGAACAUUUGUCAAGAGUUUGAACGAUAACAAUCAACAUUAUAUCCCCAUCAUUGAUGCUGCUAUUCCCGCCGCUCCUCAAAAUUCUACAGAUGUAUAUGCACCUGGUACACGUGGAAAGGAGUUGGAUGUCUUCCUCAAGAAUGACAAUGGAACAAGAUAUAUUGGACAAGUAUGGCCAGGUUAUACAUAUUUCGUUGACGAACAUCAUCCUAAAGCCGAUGAAUGGUGGACUGAAUCUUACACAAAUUUGUCCAAAAAGAUCAACUUCAGUGGUAUUUGGCAAGAUAUGAACGAGCCAAGUUCAUUCGUUGUCGGUUCAGCAGGAAAUCCAAACAAUCUUUCUGCUGGAAAUACUGAGCACGUUACCGCCACUUCUGUCAAUGGCUGGCCUGAAGGAUACAACAAUAACACUUCUGGCAAUUCCGGAAACAGAACCGUGAACGGAACUCUGACAUACACCGGCGAUAACAUCUUAUACCAAAAGCGCUUGUUUGCUCGUCAAGAAAGUGAUGCUUCCUCUCCUCCCGCAUUUAAUUCAAGUGACUUCCACUAUUCACCUGCAAACCACUCUUACACCAACGUAACUGAACGCUUCUUGUGGGACCCUCCAUAUGCAAUUCACAACGGUCGUGAUUCUCCAACCGACUUGGUGGAUAACUUGAACAAAAAGACUGUCGCAAUGGACACAGUUUCAGUUGGCGGUAAAUUCUAUGAUGUGCAUAACCUUGACGGUACUCUUUUGAUGAUGCACACCUACGAUGCUUUACGAAAGAUUAAGCCAGAUGAACGUCCAUUCAUCGUUGGUCGUUCAACUUAUCCAGGUGCAGGUAAAUACGUUUCUCAUUGGUUGGGUGACAAUUACAGUAAAUGGCAAUACCUCGCCAAGAACAUUCAAGGUGCAUUGCAAUUCCAAUUGUUUGGUAUUCCAACCGUUGGUGCUGAUACAUGUGGUUUCAACGGAAACACAGAUGAAGACUUGUGCAACAGAUGGAUGCAAAUGAGCUCAUUCAUGCCUUUCUUCAGAAAUCACAAUACCGAAGGAGCAAUUUCACAAGAACCUUUCCGUUGGGAUUCAGUUGCAAACGCAUCUCGUAUCUCGAUCAGUAAACGUUAUGAACUUUUGCCGGAAAUCUACACUGCUCGUGCAAGAUCAAGUCAAUCAGGUGCACCUUUGGUUAAAUCUUUGUGGAUGGAAUUCGCAACUGCUUCUCAAUUUGAACAAUUGCGCAAGGUUGACACUCAAUACUUGCUCGGUUCUAAUCUACUUGUUUCACCUGUCUUGGAACCAAAUGCAACCACUGUUACUGCAUACUUCCCCGAAGCAAAUGGAAACUGGCGCAACGUUUUCACAUAUGAAGCAUUGAAUGUGACCGCAAACAAAAAUACUACAAUUCCCGCCCCUCUUUCCACCAUCAAUGUUCAUUUGCGUCCCGGUCGUGCAAUUCUCUCUUACACAGAACCAAAAUACACAAUCUCCGAAACAAGUCAACAGCCAUACAAGUUGAUUGUUAAUUUGGACAAGAAUGCUUCCGCUUCGGGUAACGCAUAUCUUGAUGACGGUAAGAGUAUGCCUCCAACGGAUAAUCGUGAAGCAACAUUCAAGGCAAGCAAGGGCACCUUGAGCGGAAAGUCAACCGGAUCAUACAACGUAAACAACAAACUUCAAGAAAUUAUUCUUUUAGGUGUUGAACAAAAGCCUUCUUCUAUCAAAUCCGGUGAUCGUGAUUUGAUGAGUUCGGCUAAGUUUGAUCAAUCACGCAACAUGCUCAACGUGACCGAUGUCAAUGCUGAUUUGAACGGUGAUUGGAGCAUCUCUUGGAAUUAA